AUGCAUUUACAGCUGUUCAUCUUGCCGCUCUGUGUCCUCGCGCGGGAAGCAUUGGCUUUCCCUAAAAAUGUGAUACUUCACAAUAAUUUGAAGCGCAAUGAUUCUCAUUCUGGAAUUACCGACGAAGAGAAAAUCAAAGCUCUUUAUGCGGUUGGCGCGGCAGUUGACAAGACCAAGGACAAGGAAGACCCCGUUCUUGCGAAGGCGCGGAAACUUGAUCUCUGCAGCACGGCCCACAUGAACAAAGACGCUUGGAAAGAGCUUGAUAUGGAUGGAUGGAUUAAGCAAUUUGUGUCCGAUUAUCCUAAAAACCCCCAGGAUAACGGUGUCAAAGUUAUUACUCAAGGGGCUGCUGGGACCUUCCCCUCGUAUCUCGGGCAAAUCGCUGGGAAUAUGGGGAACUUUCACUGCAACUCGGCAGAUUGUGACAUCGAAGGCAUUCAAGAUAAGGAUAAGUGUAGCGAGCACCCGAUUAUAUACUUUGCCUUAGAAAGCUUAUCAAACUUCAAGGAUUGGCAACAUGGUAUGGGUGAUGCCUUUGAGCAAGCAGGUAAUAUAUGGAACGGAAAGGCAGAGAUGAUGAUGAAGGACUUUACAAAGUAUGAGGUUAAGGAUGUCUUGAACAACUCAGGUUUUAUCAUUGCUGCCGGGGUCUUGGGAUUUCUGAGUGCACUACUCGGUCCCGCUGCAGCUGCUUCCUCGGCAUUCCUUUCGGGUGCUCUCGUCGGUACUGCUGGGUUUAUAUCGACUCUAUCGGAUAACGCUCUUGAGAUGAUCGAAAAAAGGUUUGAUGAUCAAGCUACGAUACAUGACACCCUUGCUCAAAUCCAAGAUGCAAGCCACAUCGGGUUCAAUAAAACGGCCAAUAUGGUCCUGGACGCCAAGCCCAACGGAUCGUGGGGAGAUAAAGACACCAUUCCGUUCGAAAUUCUGAUCGGGGGUAAUUUUGCAGCGGCCCUGGAUACAUCCGAUCGUGCCAAAUUCGACGAUGUGGCUGACCAAGUCUAUGCGUCAACAAUUUUUGCCACUAGCUGGUAUCUUGAGCAAGUAUUUAUCGUCAAAGCGGCUAAGACAAUUGCUAGUCAUGAUCCUUGCACGGCAAAAUUGGAUUUCUUGAGUGACGCCCGCAUCUGCAUUGACGAUGUCGCAUAUAUCUUCGUCAAGACAGGCGAUAUUUCUAAACUCUAUCCAGAUAAUGACUAUCCCAAAGUUCAAGGAAUAGACAAGCUUAAGGAUUAUGGAUUGGAUGCAAAGGCUAUGAUACGCGCCGCGGAAUGGUUUGACAAGGAGUUCGGACUGAAAAAACCCUCCAAUAGUGACCUGAAAGACUACAUGACUGGGAACAAGAAAGGCCCCCCCCGGGAACCUUUGGUGAUCGACUAUGAAAAGACCCCUUCUAUCAGCAGAAAUGCCUGGAAGAUAUAUGGUUCAAGCUGGUCUAACCCUUGGUCUUCGCAGGAGCGCCUCCUCAACAACUGCCAGCUGUACAUCAAGGACAAGAAAGACUGGCCUUACAAGAGCAUGGGCCCAUACUGA